AUGAUAGUGUCUAUUCUUCAAUCGAAAAUGGACCAAAUCGUAAAGUUCGUAGAGCCUGGCAGACAAUUCGCUAAAGACUCCAUCAGAUUAGUAAGGAGAUGCACAAAGCCAGACAGAAAAGAAUUCCAAAAGAUAGCUAUCGCAACAGCAAUCGGUUUCUGCAUCAUGGGAUUUAUUGGUUUCUUUGUCAAGCUGAUACAUAUUCCAAUCAACAACAUCAUUGUUGGCUCAUAG